AUGGCAAAGAAACACAGAGUCACAACUGCCACCAGAAAGCAGCUUAGACAGAGGGAAGAUGAUUACUUGAAAAAAUUGGAAGAGCAAAUCGAGGAGUAUGAUGCGGAAAAUACUAAAAACACUCUUUUCAAGGACCUCCCGCUUAGCCAUAACACUAUCAAGGGUCUCAAAGACAGUGCUUUCGUGAAAAUGACAGAAAUUCAACAAAAGUCGAUUCCAAUUUCUCUCAAAGGCCAUGAUCUUUUGGCUGCAGCGAAAACAGGAUCCGGUAAAACGCUGGCUUUUUUGAUCCCUGUAAUUGAAAAGCUAUAUCGUGAAAAAUGGACAGAGUUUGAUGGACUUGGGGCUCUAAUUGUCUCUCCAACUCGUGAACUGGCAAUGCAAAUCUACGAAGUUCUUGUUAAAAUUGGUAGGUACACUUCGUUCUCCGCUGGUCUGGUGAUCGGUGGUAAGGAUGUUAAGUUUGAAUUGGAACGUAUUUCGAAAAUCAAUGUUCUGGUGGGUACUCCAGGAAGAAUACUGCAGCAUAUGGAUCAGGCAGUCGGGCUCAAUACUUCAAAUCUACAGGUUCUUGUUCUCGAUGAAGCAGACAGAUGUCUAGACAUGGGUUUCAAAAAGACUCUUGAUGCCAUUGUGAGCAACCUACCACCCAUAAGGCAAACUCUAUUGUUUUCUGCCACUCAGUCACAAUCCUUAGCUGAUUUGGCUCGGCUCUCCCUUACCGACUAUAAAACUGUCGGAACUGCUGAAAUAAAAGACUCCAAAAAUCUCCCUGCCACCCCAGAGACUCUUCAACAAUCAUACAUUGGCGUCGAGCUUCCCGACAAGUUGGACAUUCUUUACAGUUUCAUCAAGACCCACCUGAAAAGCAAAAUGAUUGUUUUCCUUUCGAGUUCUAAACAGGUUCAUUUCGUUUAUGAGACGUUUAGAAAACUGCAACCAGGUAUUUCACUGAUGCACCUGCAUGGACGCCAAAAGCAGACUGCAAGAACAGAGACUUUAGACAAAUUUAGCAGAGCACAGCAUACAUGUUUGUUUGCAACGGAUGUUGUUGCGAGAGGAAUCGACUUCCCAGCCGUGGAUUGGGUUGUCCAGGCCGAUUGUCCCGAAAGCGUGGAUACUUAUAUCCAUCGGGUAGGAAGAUCAGCUCGUUAUGGAAAAGAAGGUAAGUCUCUGAUCAUGCUGACACCGCAGGAAGAAGAAGGGUUUUUGAAAAGACUAAAACAGAGACACAUUGAGCCUAACAAGUUGACCAUCAAACAGUCGCGCAAGAAAUCAAUUAAGCCACAAUUGCAGUCGCUGCUGUUCCAAGAUCCAGAACUGAAAUAUUUGGGCCAGAAAGCAUUCAUUUCUUAUGUGAGAUCGAUUUACAUUCAAAAGGACAAAGAAGUGUUCAAAUUCGAUGAGCUGCCAAACGAGGAAUUCGCAAAUUCUUUAGGUCUCCCCGGUGCUCCUAAAAUCAAAAUGAAGGGUAUGAAGUCCGUAGAAAGAGCAAAAGAACUGAAGAACACUUCGAGACAGCUUCUAUCGCUCUCGAAGGCAAACGAUGACGGUGAGAUUGUUGGAGCGAACAAAGAGGGUCGCACUAAGAUCGACAAGAUGUUUGAUCGUAAAAAUCAAACAGUGUUGAGUGAACAUUAUUUGAAUAUUACAAAGGCUCAAGCAGAUGCUGACGAAGAGGAUGAUUUCAUGACAAUGAAGCGUCAAGACCAUCAACUACGUGAGGAAGAGUUGCCAGAGCUCAUCGGGCCAACUUCCAAGAGGGCCCUGAGACGUGCCGUUUCGAAAAAGGCUUCUAUUGCUGGAAAGGGCAAUCCUUCGAAGUUAGUUUUCGAUGAUGAAGGUCAAUCACAUCCAAUUUAUGAGCUCGAAGGCGAAGAUGAUUUCCACGCUCGUGGUGCUGCGGAGGAUCAGAAGGAAUCUUUCAUAUCUAGAGAAGCGGACGUAAUGAAAGGCAGAGACGUCGAAGACAAGAAGCUGGCUAAGGAAAAACGCCAGGAAAAGAAGAGGAAGCGCCUCGAAGCCCUCAGACGCGAGCAGGAGGCCGAACUGGAUGACGAUUCUAGCUCGGAAGACGGUGGCUCUUACCAUGCUGUGCUAGACACUGGGGCCAAUUUGAGCGAUGAUAUGCAAUCUGCGUCGGAAGACGAAGACGAAGACGAAGACGAUCACACUCGUCACCGUUCCAAAAAGACAAAAUACUCCAGACGUGGUAGCGAGUCCUCGAGUGACACUGACGCCGUUGACAGAAGGGGACAAAGUGACAACAGAAACUCAGCUGGUCGCCGCGUCAUUGAAGUCCAGCAACCUGAGUCCCUGGAAGAUCUGGAGUCUCUCACGGCCCAAUUCCUACAAAAUUGA